AUCCCUUCCGUGUCCUGGCAGGAUGUUGGCGGGCUCCAGGAGGUGAAGAAGGAGAUCCUGGACACUAUCCAGUUGCCCUUCGAGCACCCGGAGCUGCUGUCACUGGGUCUGUGCCGCUCUGGGCUGCUGCUGUAUGGGCCUCCGGGGACAGGGAAAACCUUACUGGCAAAAGCUGUGGCAACCACAUGCACCAUGACAUUCCUUAGUGUGAAAGGGCCGGAGCUCAUCAACAUGUACGUUGGGCAAAGCGAGGAAAACGUGCGUAAUGUGUUUGCCAGAGCCAGGGCAGCUGCUCCCUGCAUUGUCUUCUUCGAUGAGCUGGAUUCCCUGGCCCCAAGUCGUGGGAGGAGUGGAGAUUCAGGGGGUGUCAUGGACAGAGUUGUCUCGCAGCUCCUAGCUGAGCUUGAUGGCCUUCAUUCCACCAGAGAGGUGUUUGUCAUUGGAGCUACCAACAGGCCUGACCUCCUGGACCCAGCUCUGCUCCGGCCGGGCAGGUUUGACAAACUGGUCUAUGUGGGCAUAAAUGAAGACCGGGAGUCGCAGCUGCAGGUGCUGAGCGCCGUCACCAGGAAGUUUCAACUGGAUCCCUCUGUGAAUCUCACCACAGUCCUAGAAAAAUGCCCAACUCAGCUGACGGGAGCAGACAUCUACGCCCUGUGCUCCGAUGCCAUGAUGUGUGCUGUCAAACGCAAGGUGGAAUGGAUCGAGGAAGGGCUGGAUAGUGAGAGUUCUGCUCUGAUCCUGACCAUGGAUGACUUCCUGCAGGCUGCUGCAAGGUUGCAGCCAUCAGUCUCUGAGCAGGAGCUGCUCAGGUACAGACUCAUCCAGCAGAAGUUUGCUGCCUGCUGAUGCUCAGCAGAGCUGGGACUGGAG